AUGAAGUUUUUUAUAGAUGAUUUACCGGUUCUCUUUCCUUAUCCAAAGAUUUAUCCUGAACAGUACCAGUACAUGUGUGAUAUUAAAAAAACUCUGGAUGCCGGAGGUAACAGUAUCUUAGAAAUGCCUUCAGGGACAGGGAAGACUGUCUCAUUAUUAUCUCUAUCGGUUGCAUAUCAGAUGCACUAUCCAGAACACAGGAAGAUCAUAUAUUGUUCCCGUACCAUGUCGGAAAUUGAGAAAACUUUGGUAGAAUUGGAAAAUUUGAUGGAUUAUAGAUCCCGUGAACUAGGCUACGUCGAGGAAUUCAGAGGACUUGGAUUAACGUCAAGAAAAAAUUUAUGUCUACAUCCCGUGGUGAGUAAAGAAAGGAAAGGUACAGUGGUGGAUGAAAAAUGUCGUCGCUUAACCAAUGGUGUCAACAAACGAAAGUUACAGGAAAAUCCUGAUGCUACCGAUGCUGAAUUAUGUGAAUACCAUGAAAACUUGUACGAUAUGGAGGUAGAGAAUUAUUUACCAAAGGGUGUCUUUUCAUUUGAAAAAUUGAUCAAAUAUGCUGAAGAAAAAACUAUCUGUCCAUAUUUUAUUGUACGUCGUAUGAUCUCAUUAUGUAAUAUCAUCGUCUAUUCAUAUCAUUAUCUGCUAGAUCCAAAAAUUGCUGAAAGAGUGUCGAAUGAAGUCUCUAAAGAUAGUAUUGUCAUUUUCGAUGAAGCUCACAAUAUCGAUAAUGUUUGUAUAGAGUCAUUGUCAUUAGACUUGACAAACGAUGUGCUUAGGAGAGCAACGAAGGGUGCCAAUGCAUUAGAAGGUAGGAUAGAAGAAGUACGUAAGGCUGAUUCAAAAAAAUUACAAGACGAAUAUGAUAAACUAGUUCAAGGUUUACAUGCUGAUGAUAUCCUGACUGUUGCUGAAGAACCCUUUGUUGAAACUCCUGUAUUAUCGCAAGAUCUGUUGAAGGAGGCAAUUCCUGGUAAUAUAAGAAGGGCCGAACAUUUUAUCUCGUUCUUAAAGAGACUUAUAGAGUAUCUGAAAACGAGAAUGAAGGUCUUGCAUGUGAUCUCAGAAACGCCAAAAUCUUUUCUUCAGCAUUUGAAACAGUUGACUUUUAUUGAUAGGAAACCAUUGAGAUUCUGUUCAGAACGUCUCUCUUUACUGGUUAGAACAUUGGAAGUGACCGAGGUGGAAGAUUUCACGGCUCUGAAAGAUAUUGCAACUUUUGCAACAUUAAUUUCUACUUAUGAAGAUGGUUUCACCUUAAUUAUCGAGCCAUAUGAAAUUGAAAAUGCUGCGGUUCCUAAUCCUAUAAUGAGAUUUUCCUGUCUUGAUGCAUCAAUUGCAAUAAAACCGGUAUUUGAAAAGUUUUCCUCCGUAAUUAUUACCUCAGGAACUAUAUCACCUUUAGAUAUGUAUCCAAGAAUGUUAAAUUUCGAAACAAUCCUUCAAAAAUCUUACUCAAUGACACUAGAUAAAAAAUCAUUUUUACCCAUGAUUAUCACAAAAGGGUCAGAUCAAGUGGCCAUUUCUUCCAGAUUUGAAAUCAGAAAUGAUCCAAGUAUUGUUCGUAAUUACGGUUCUAUGCUGGUGGAAUUUGCAAAGAUUACUCCAGACGGGAUGGUGGUCUUUUUCCCCUCAUAUCUGUAUAUGGAGAGUAUUGUUUCGAUGUGGCAAACAAUGGGUAUAUUAGACGAAGUAUGGAAGCACAAACUGAUUUUGGUCGAAACACCGGAUGCUCAAGAAACGUCCCUAGCUUUGGAGACAUAUAGAAAAGCUUGUUCCAAUGGUAGAGGUGCCAUACUUUUAUCUGUUGCCAGAGGAAAAGUUUCUGAAGGUAUCGAUUUUGAUCAUCAUUACGGUAGAACUGUGCUGAUGAUCGGUAUCCCUUUCCAAUAUACGGAAUCACGUAUCCUAAAAGCUCGUUUAGAGUUUUUAAGAGAAAACUAUCAAAUCAGAGAAAAUGAUUUCCUGUCGUUCGAUGCAAUGAGACAUGCUGCACAAUGUUUGGGUAGAGUCUUGAGAGGUAAAGAUGAUUAUGGGGUAAUGGUGUUGGCAGAUCGUAGAUUUUCAAGGAAGAAAAAUCAACUACCAAAAUGGAUUGCACAGGGUCUAUCAGACGCAGAUUUGAAUCUCUCGACUGAUAUGGCUAUUUCAAAUACAAAACAGUUUUUAAGAACAAUGGCCCAACCAACAAAUCCAAAGGAUCAGGAAGGUGUAUCUGUUUGGAGUUUAGAUGAUUUGACUAAGUUUCAACAAAGCCAUCAACAAAAGACGAACAAUGGCAAUCAGAUGGCUAAUAUUGACAAGGAAAAUGUUGAUCAAGAGGGUGACACUGUGAUGGGUUAA